ACUCAAUCCACCCUGUAGCCAUGCUCGUGCAUAACACUCGCUUCAAUCAGACCUGCAUGCACCCCUCACGCGAUGAAUUUUCAAGCCUGGCUUAAUCGACCCUUCAGUUUUACGGCGAUACCGGUCUCAGUGUUUACUCUCAUCGUCUACGGAGCAGUAUUUGCGGCGGUAUUGGUCACUGACCAAACUCCUGACAUACCCAGUAAUGAGGGCGGGUUGAGCUUACAGAAGGCUUACGAGGAUUUGCAUAUAAUCACAGCCCGUCCGCAUCCCUACAACUCUCACGCAAAUGACGAUGUCCGCGCUUUCCUCCUGGACAGGCUUCAGCCCAUAGUCAGCUCGCAGGACUACAUUCACCUUUCGGAUGAUAUGGUCUCAAACGCAACCUACGUAACGGAUCGCGGAGGGUUCUACUUUGAGAGCACCAACAUCCUCGUGAAGAUAGACGGUACAGACGGGCCUCCUGUUCGCUCGAACGGAGUUGUGUUCUCUGCGCAUUACGAUUCUGUGUCGACUGCCCCUGGCGCUACUGAUAACGGGAUAUCUGUUGUCACUCUCCUCCAGAUGGUCGAGUACCUCGCACUGCCAGAACGAAGACCCCGUCGCACAGCCGUGUUCUUAUUCAACAACGGCGAGGAAGAUGGGCUGAACGGCGUGCACAUGUUCCUCGAACACCCAUGGGCAAACUUGACCACGGCGUUUGUCAACCUUGAAGGCGCAGCUGCGGGCGGCCGACCUAUCUUGUUCCGAACGUCGUCUCUUUCUGUGGCACGCUCGUUCGCCGCAAAGGGAGUCCGUUAUCCUCACGGUAACGUUCUGUCUGCGGACGCCUUCGCCCGCGGCGUCAUCAGGUCUAUAACCGACUUUUCCGUCUUUGCGAAGGGCAUUCCCGGAGAGAAAGAUGGCAUGGCGGGGGUCGACUUCGCUUUCUACAAAAAUCGUGCGUAUUAUCACACCCCAUUUGAUUCUAUCCCCGGCAUGGGUCGCGAUGAGGGCAGAAAGGCGCUCUGGUCCAUGAUGGAAACCGUCAAGGGAUCAGGAUUAGAGCUAUUGAACGGCCCAGACAUCGACGAUAACGGUGACACCGGGGUGUACUUUGACGUUCUUGGACGCGCAAUGGUGGCCUUUUCCUUGAGAGCGCUUCUCAUCGUUCACGUCAUUCUCUUGAUCAUCGGUCCCUCGAUAGUGUUGGGUUUGCUAGCAUGGGUGCUUGUUCUAAGGAAGGACACACGAAUGAAGCUAGGUCACUCUCAUAAUGACUCUGCCGAAGAGCGAACGGCAUGGCAAAGACUCAAGCUGGUGCUAGCAAGACUUAUGGGCUGGGGUCGAUUUUGGCUCUCUCUUCUGAUAGCUAUACUGGUCAACGUCGGUCUCGUUGUUGGCUACGUCCAAAUCAACCCGAAUAUAAUUUACUCGAAGGAAUAUGUCGUUUUCACAACCUUCCUGUCGGCCUCCUUCCUCUCGUACACUCUGUCGCUUCAGCUCUUUAUCAAGAUCUGGCCGUCACCACCCUCGUCACAGAAAUUUGCCAUACUGCUCGAAAUAUAUGUCCUUUCCUGGAUUUUCCUCGUUAUCGGCACGGUCGGAGUCAACAACCUCCACAUAGGUGGAGUGUACCUCAUCACGACGUGGAAUCUAUGUUCUUGGUUGGCAGCGACUCUCGCCCUUGCUGAGGCGGUUGUUCGCGCGAAGUGGCCAUCCAAACAUGGGUCCAGGGCUGAUUUCGACGUUGUCGACGAAUCAGAGAGGGUUCCACAAGAUCAGUCGACGGGGCAUCGCUUCGUGCGCGGCAUACGCUAUGAAGCUCCGGAACGCGCGGAGAACGGCGAGGAUGGCAGAGAUGUCGAGCCUGAGGAGACUGCACCGACGGAGAUCACCCCUCUUAUGCAGCAGCAACGUCAGCAUUCCACCGAUGGUAGGGAAUAUAUCAUUGGCAUCGAUAACGAGCCGCUCCGGGUCGACGAUGCCGGGAAGAGAGAAGACAUCUACGAAGAGUAUGGCUGGUGGAUCUUGCAAAUGCUCGCUUUGAUCCCUCUGCCGUCUACGCUCUUGUCCCAAGUUACACUCAUCCUGUUGCAUGCUCUCAGGAAUACACUCGCGGAUGGGAGUAGCCCUAUCGUCGUGUACAGUGGUCUUGCACUGCUCUGCACACUCAUCUUCGUCAAUGUAUCGCCAUUUGCCCAUCAAAUCGAUCGCAAGCUUCACCUCUCAGUGCUUUUUAUCCUUGUUGUCACCUUGAUCUAUGCCUGGACGGAAUUUCCAUUCAAGCAAAGUGCACCUCUGAAGCUCUUCUUCCAACAAAGCAUAGAGCUUGACCUCGGCGCAUCACACAUGAUUGGGAACGAAAGGCUUGUACUUAAUGCUGAUACGACAACGUACGGGGCAUCCGAUGGCACUGUCGGACAGUUCAUUGUCAAUGCGACGACGCUGUUGACGGGCAUACCAGGCUACGUCGACAAGAAGAUCGUACGAGAGCUCCCCUCGUCUUGGGGCAGGGACGUCACCUACGAGACUGACUACAUCCUCCGACCGGGGUUACUCACAUGCGGCUGGGAAAGCAACCUCCUGCCAUCUCCUGGAGGCAACUCAUCCACACACGGUAAUCCAUCCCAGCCCGAUUGGCUGAGGUUCACUGCUGAGCGCGUGAAUACCUCUGCCGGACGCAUUACCCUCGGCGGGAAGAACACGCGGAACUGUGUGUUGACUUUCGAGCACGCGAUCACGUCUUUCGAGGUGCUCAACGGCGGCGGGCGGCUACAGCCGGGCUAUGAGAUGCCGCACAAUGGGACGAAGAAGAUCCAAAUGUGGGCGCGAACGUGGGAGAAGGAGUUCUUUGUCGAGUUCGUCUGGGCGGGUGCGGACGAGGAUUUCCACAUGGAGGGACGCGCGGCGUGCGAGUGGGCCGAGUACGCGAGCGGGACCGCUGGAAGCACGCACGCGGUCGUCGGUGCACAGAUACCCGCGCUGGAGGAGGUGCUGCAGUUCUUGCCGCUAUGGGCCACGCCGACAAAAUGGACCAUGGGACUCGUAGAGGUGUGGACCAAGUUCUCAGUCUGAUUUGAUGUGUUUUAUCUUCAAAAUCGGACAUCCGAUCAGAUGUUGACGAAGCAAUAGGCAGACAUUCCGCUGUUCCCACGUCCGCUCCCACUCAUCGAGGAGUUGGGCAUGUUCACCGUGCGCUUGAUUGUUGGUUGCACAAGUAACAAUGCAAGCUUCUGGCGUAUAUACGGCCACAGUGGCAGAAGCUGAGGUCAUGGGAGCACCUCCAGAGAUCUAUGUUGAA